GUGCUAUCUUUGCAACCACCAGUACAUUGUACAUUGUACGUAAUUCUCUUCCAAACUAUUCAAUGAACGGCACUGAUAGUUCAGACUGCAAGUAACUCUUGACUUGUUUAAAGUUGUUUAUUAUAUUUUAAUACUGGCGAACGAACAGCCUUCGCUUUUAGAUUUGGUUUUUCCCAAUCCAUUCUCACAACACUGGACUCAUCUAGAGUCAGUUUUGUUCCGGCAUUCCUAUAAUCUCGAGUAGGUCACGAUUUUAUGAGCUAUAAAAAUUAUAGUUGUUUUUGUUUUAAAUUCUGUUCGCGGCCAAUACGUAUGGACUACUUCGAGAGCCAAGAAAAGGUUUUAUCUUCCCAUAUCGUCAUGAAGUACCAUUUUGUUAACUAGCUAAGUACCUUCAACACCAACGGGUCUGAAACUGGUUUUGUUGGCAAAUAUUUAAGUGUGAUAGUUAAUUUUCUUAAGGGCUCUUGCCGAAAAAUCUAAUCGAAUAAUGGCUUUCAGCUCAUUUCUGUUGUAUGGCAUUCCGAUUUUAUGCGCCACUCCAGUUUUUAUGCAAGAAAAAUUUAACAUAGCCGAGUCAGUUAACAAAUUCUCAGUUGACCUCCUUGCGGCUACAGAUCAGAAAGCCAGCGAUAAUAUAAACAUAGCAUUGUCUCCGUUCACGAUAUGGACUCUUCUGAGCAUAAUAUCCGAGGGGGCCGUCGGUGCAACAGCAGAUCAGAUAGAGAAAGCAUUAAGGCUACCGGAAAAUAAAAACGUCGUCAGAGAUUCGUAUCAGCGUUUGUCGCAAAAGCUGCAACAAAAGUCUGAUGGCGCGGAGUUCGAUACUUCAAGCGCUAUAUUUGUAAAAGAAAAAUUCCAGCUGAGAGAAAAAUUCAAGAGCGUGGCCAAGCAGUUUUAUAAUACAACCACCCAACAAGUCAAUUUUGAUAACGCUGAUGUAGCUUCAAAUAUUAUUAAUAAGUACAUUGCUGCUGCUACGAAUAAUCGAAUUACAGAAUUAGUUUAUCCCAAGGAUCUUCAGAACGCACAUUUGUUUUUGACAACGACCAUGUAUUUCAAAGGGCAAUGGCAAGUGCCUUUCAAUAAAACAGCGACAAAAAGCAGCAGUUUUUACGAUGAAAAGAAAAAUAAAAUUGGAAAUGUUCAAAUGAUGUAUCAGUCAUAUCCUUACCCUUAUGGUCGUAUCGAUGGUCUGAAAAUAUUUGCCCUGGAGAUUCCUUACGGCUAUGAUGACCUUUUCUCCAUGCUCAUACUUCUCCCAAGAAGCACGCAAACAUUAAGAGGCCUUCUGAAUUCGUUAAAAGAGGAAUCCAUCACAGACAUCCUAGCAUUUCUUCAAAAAAGUCGUCAAAUGUUCGAUGACAAUGUUCAUGUCUAUAUACCAAAAAUGAAAAUAUCAUCAGAUUUUAAUUUAGACCCAGCUUUGCAUGACAUGGGCAUCAGAGAUCUCUUCGACUCACAGCAGGCAGAUUUAUUAGGAAUGUUUGACCAAUACUUGUAUGUAUCUAGGAUUAUUCAAAAAGCUGAAAUUGAGCUUGAUGAGGAAGGUACAGUGGCCAGCGCAGCAGGAGGUUCCGUUUUCCUCAACAGAAGUCCGCCACCACGUUUCUUAGCUAACAGGCCAUUUUUAUAUUUCAUAAUUCACAAAGUGAGUGGAACUGUUGUGUUUUCAGGCAGAGUUAGUAAUCCUAAUGCACUUGGUUAAGCAGAUCUGUGUUAAAUUAUAUGAAUAAAUUAUUUUUUGUUGUAUUUUCAUUUGCGUUCGACAGAAAAUAUAAAAAUAAUGGUUGUACAUUU